UGUUUGCACGAUUGUUGACCAAUUCACCGGCUGCUGACUUCAAUCAUGACUACCGGAAUACUAAAGACAGACUCUGAUCGCAUUGUCGACGCAAACGGCGAUGCAGUACUCUUGCGCGGUACUGCCCUCGGCGGCUGGAUGCUUAUGGAGAACUUCAUGAAUGGCUUCCCUGGACGAGAACAUCAGAUCCGAGCAGCGCUCCUCAAGGUGCUUGGCCAAGAGAAGCACGACUUCUUCUUCGACAAGUUCCUCGAAUAUUUCUUCGGUGAAAAGGAUGCUGAAUUCCUUGCUUCAUUGAACUUCAACUGCCUGCGAUUAUGUCUCAAUUACAGACACUUUGAAGAUGACAUGAACCCAUUUGUCAUCAAGGAAGAGGGUUUCAAGCAUGUUGACCGAGUCAUCAAUCUCUGCGCCAAAUAUGGUAUCUACACUAUCCUCGACCUUCACGCCCUACCUGGUGGACAAAACCAGGAUUGGCACUGCGACAACCCGACCGGAUACGCCGCCUUUUGGGACCACAAACACUUCCAAGACCGAGCGAUCAACCUGUGGGAACACAUUGCCCGAAGAUAUAAGGGAAAUCCAUGGGUUGCUGGUUACAAUCCCAUGAACGAGCCUGCUGACUCUGAGUGGAGUCGCCUGUUGGCAUUCUACGACCGUAUCGUGCCAGCAAUCAGGAAUGUUGAUCCUGACCACAUCCUAUUCUUGGAAGGCAACACAUUCAGCAUGGACUUCACAGGCUUCGACAGAGUAUGGGACAACUCGGUAUACGCCAUCCAUGACUACUGUGGUUUUGGGUUCCCGAACAGAAUCGGUAGAUUCCAAGGUACAAAAGAACAGGAGAGCUACAUUCGUAGAAUGUACGAUCGCAAGGUGGAGUUCAUGAAUAAGCACAACGUGCCAAUCUGGAAUGGUGAAUUCGGUCCCAUCUACGAACGAAAGGAGUACAACCCAGACUGGGAAGUCCAGAACCAAGAGCGAUACAAUAUGCUGGAUCGACAGAUGGCUAUUUACACUUCUGAGAGCAUUGCAUGGUCGAUCUGGGCAUACAAAGACGUCAACGUCAUGGGCAUGACCCAUGUCUCCCCAGACUCUGCUUGGCUCAAGCUUCUCGGACCCAUCAUCAAGAAGAAACGUGAUCUCGCUGUCGACUCAUGGGCUUACGACGAUGCACAUCUCCAAGACGGCCUCUUCGGUCCACUACACCAGUGGUUUGAAGAUAACGUCCCUACACAAUACUCCAAGAAGUACCCUUGGCAAUGGCGCAUGCACAUGCAUGUCUUCCGAGGCAUCCGAGGAAUUACCAUGGCCGAGUAUAUGAUCCCUGAGUGGGCAGACUACUUCAAGGACAAGAGCUUUGAGGAACUGGACGAACUCGCUGCAAGCUGGAAGUAUGAGAAUUGCAUGCAGAGAGAACAGUUGAAUGAACUUCUGAAGACAUAUGCGCCCAUGAAGGCCGGUGACAGGAGGCUGGAAGGAAAAGUCAUUGAAUCAGAAGGUACCGCAAGUGAUGUGGCCUCUAAGGAGGCAUCUGUCUCAGGUGUUGGCAUCUUUGAGCUGUCGCCGGAGGAGAAGCUGAAAGCUGAGCUGAAGAAACAACAACACCCGCAAGCCCAACCUGUACCUGUCGCAGCAUAGGCUUGCCAUUAGACAUACCAUGUAGCCAGUUUUAGUAUAAUACAAAAAGCAAG